UGAACCGGGUUCGAACCCCACACACGUUGGGAACACUUAUAACGACUUUUUUAUAUUUUCGUCAUUUUUUCAAAGUUUUUACUAGUGCGUCUGUCUUAUAAAACUUUUAAUGUGUAUUUUAUUGAUAACUGCUAUAGAUAGUUUGUGAAUUCGUGUUAUAUUAUCUGUGAAAGUGACUAAAAAGGAUUUUAAGAAUGUGGUGGUUAUUCAAACUGACCAUAUUGCUGCAAUAUGUUCAAUCCGUCCGUAUAAUCAACAUGCGUGUACCUGAAGUCCUACAGUACGGUACCAGAGACUUGAUCACGCUUGACUGCGAUUACGUCACUACCAACGUCACUGGCCUCGUCGUGAAGUGGUUCUUCAAGGACCGCUCCCAACCAGUCUACCAGUGGAUUCCACCACAGAGGCCUCAAGCGUUGGGGGUACUGAAAAACAAGUUGGACCUGAACUACAAGAUCUCACGUAAUCCGUACACACAGCACAGAGCGUUGCGCAUCAUUGAACCUACCACCGAACUGACUGGAAACUACACGUGUGUGGUCUCCACUUUCCUGUCUGAGGAUGAGAGGACAAGACCCAUGACUAUAUUUGUACCAGAAAGAAAAUUCGACAUGAUCAUGGAUAGACUGAACGAUGGUUAUUUGAAUAUUAUAUGUUCUGUCGAAGGCGUCUUCCCUACACCAGAGCUGGUCAUCUUGGCUGGAAACAGGCCACUAAACGCCAAGUCCUCGUUGAACCUGAUCGAGGGUCGAUAUACAGCUGUCACCAGUGCUGUGGUGAAGAUACAGCACCUCCCACCAACUGUGGAAAUAUUGUGUGACAUGCAGGUGCCUCUUGCUAACUAUUAUAGCAGGAAACGGGACAUCUUUUACAGAGAUCCCCAUUUGACAACGUUUGAUCCGCCCGGCUCGGCUAACUCGAGAACAGCGAGGGAUCACGGUUUCAUGCAGCAGUGUACUCCGGCCUUACUUACUAUCAUUGUUAUAUUCCAAUUUACUUUAACUAUCACGUGAUAUUAGAAGAAUAAUAAGUAAUGUAAAUAUGUAGUUUAAAUUUGUACAUAAUUUGUAAAUAGUAACGUGGAAACUAAUUUUUAAGAUUUAUUUUGUU